CUGCGAGGUUGCAAUGAAACUGCGGUAAACAAACUCACCGGUAAGACCCAGUGUGCUCAGAUUUCAGUGUUCUGGAGCUGUGCUCAGAAAUAUCCGCGGUGCAGCGUGUUCUGUAUGAAUACGGCGAGAGCGAGCUCACAUGCAGUGUUGAAUGAACGGGAUUUAGAGGUGCGUGGAAAUAAGCGCUGUGUGUGUGUGUGUGUGCGCUGCUGGACAGAGACGUGCAUUGAGUCCUUAUCUCAUCUGACAUGAAUACACACGCUUCACCAGUUGCUGAUGAGGAGAAUUAAUUCACGCGCACAGCAAUCGAUGGGGAGAUUGUGUGUAUCUGCAUUGUAAUUGCUGUAAAGAUCUGCAGUGCUUCAGAGUUGCAUACACCUUAAAUUUACGGUGCAGAGUUGUGGUUACCCUUAACCCAUCAGGAUGGUGGCGCUGUCUCUGAAGAUCUGUGUGAGGCAGUGUAAUGUGGUGAAGACCAUGCAGUUUGAGCCUUCAACGGCUGUAUAUGACGCAUGCCGGGUCAUCAGAGAAAGGGUUCCCGAAGCCCAGACAGGACAAGCUUCAGAAUAUGGGCUGUUUCUGUCAGACGAAGACCCCAGGAAAGGCAUCUGGCUAGAAGGAGGCCGGACGCUGGAUUAUUACAUGCUGAGAAAUGGAGACAUACUGGAGUAUAAGAAAAAACAGAGGCCUCAGAAGGUAAAAAUGCUGGACGGAGCAGUGAAGACCAUCAUGGUGGACGAUUCUAAAACUGUUGGUGAGCUGCUGGUCACCAUCUGCAGCAGAAUAGGAAUCACCAACUAUGAAGAGUACUCUCUCAUUCAGGAGACGGUGGAGGAGAAAAAAGAUGAAGGGACGGGCACACUGAAGAAAGACAGAACUCUGCUGAGAGAAGAGAGGAAGAUGGAGAAGCUCAAAGCCAAACUGCACACAGAUGAUGACUUGAAUUGGUUGGAUCACGGCCGUACAUUUAGGGAACAGGGAGUCGAGGAAAGCGAAACGCUGCUUUUGAGACGAAAGUUCUUCUACUCUGAUCAAAACGUGGACUCUCGAGAUCCUGUGCAGCUCAAUCUGCUCUAUGUGCAGGCACGUGAUGAUAUUCUGAACGGUUCUCAUCCGGUGUCGUUUGACAAGGCUUGUGAGUUUGGUGGAAUUCAAACGCAGAUCCAGUUCGGACCUCAUAUAGAACAUAAACACAAGACUGGUUUUCUGGACUUGAAGGAGUUUCUGCCUAAGGAAUAUAUCAAACAGAGAGGAGCGGAGAAGAAGAUCUUUCAGGAACACAAGGGUUGUGGUGAAAUGACAGAGAUUGAAGCCAAAGUGAAGUACGUAAAGCUUGCAAGAUCCCUCCGAACAUAUGGAGUGUCUUUCUUCUUAGUGAAGGAAAAAAUGAAAAGUAAAAAUAAGCUGGUGCCAAGGCUACUUGGUGUAACCAAAGAGUCAGUGAUGCGAGUGGAUGAGAAGACCAAAGAUGUGGUUCAGGAGUGGCCUCUUACUACAGUGAAGAGAUGGGCUGCCUCACCGAAGAGCUUUACUUUGGAUUUCGGGGAGUAUCAGGAAAGCUACUACUCUGUUCAGACCACUGAGGGGGAGCAGAUUUCUCAGCUUAUAGCUGGUUACAUCGAUAUCAUUCUCAAGAAGAAACAAAGUAAGGACCGGUUUGGUUUAGAGGGAGAUGAGGAGGCCACCAUGUUAGAGGAAUCCGUUUCUCCAAAAAAAUCCACUAUAUUGCAGCAGCAGUUUAACCGUGUGGGACGGGUCGAGCAUGGCUCUGUGGCACUGCCUGGCAUCUUGAGGUCUGGUUCUGUUGGGGCAGAAACGCUGAACUUGGGUACAAUGCCUGCUCCACAACAACAGAUCACAACUGGACAGAUGCAUCUUGGACACAUGCCACCACUGAGUGCAGCCCAGCAGGCUCUCGUGGGAACCAUUAACACCAGUAUGCAGGCGGUGCAGCAGGCGCAGGACGACCUGGAGGAGGUGGAGGAGCUGCCACCACUUGGGGAUGACAUGGCAUCUAAGAUGUGGAUUCAGAACAAAAUGGACGAGUCCAAGCAUGACAUUCACUCUCAGGUGGAUGCCAUCACAGCAGGAACUGCCUCUGUGGUGAAUCUGACUGCUGGUGACCCGACAGAUACAGAUUACACGGCAGUGGGCUGUGCCAUCACCACUAUCUCCUCCAACCUGACGGAGAUGUCGAAGGGAGUGAAGCUGCUGGCGGCUCUGAUGGAGGAUGAGGUUGGCAGUGGACAUGAUCUGAUGAGAGCUGCCAGGACCCUCACCGGAGCCGUUUCUGACCUGCUCAAAGCUGUCGAGCCCACGUCAGGAGAGCCUCGACAGACAGUUCUGACUGCAGCCGGCAGCAUCGGUCAGGCCAGUGGAGAUCUGCUCAGACAGAUUGGAGAGAAUGAAACCGAUGAGCGCUUCCAGGAUGUGCUGAUGAACUUGGCUAAAGCUGUGGCCAAUGCAGCCGCCAUGAUGGUUCUGAAGGCCAAGAAUGUGGCGCAGGUUUCUGAAGACAGUGUGAUGCAGAACAGGGUUAUCGCUGCUGCCACCCAGUGUGCCCUUUCCACUUCACAACUAGUCGCCUGUGCCAAGGUUGUGAGCCCCACGAUCAGCUCUCCGGUGUGUCAGGAGCAGCUGAUUGAAGCAGGGAAACUGGUGGAUCGUUCUGUAGAAGGUUGUGUGAAGGCCUGUCUGUCGGCCACCAGCGAUGGAGAGCUCCUGAAGGCCGUGAGUGCAGCAGCCGGUAUCGUCACACAGGCUCUUAGUGACCUGCUCACACACGUCAGGAACUACGCCACCCGCGGAGAGCCCAUCGGGCGCUACGACCAGGCCACAGACACCAUCAUGAACGUCACAGACAACAUCUUCAGCUCUAUGGGGGACGCUGGUGAGAUGGUCCGGCAGGCGCGGGUUCUUGCCCAGGCGACCUCGGACCUGGUGAACGCCAUGAGAUCAGAUGCUGAGGUGGAGGUGGAUGUCAACAACUCCAAGAAGCUUCUUGCAGCUGCCAAAUUGCUGGCAGAUGCUACUGCUCGAAUGGUUGAGGCCGCAAAGGGAGCCGCUGCAUACCCUGAAAACGAAGACCAGCAGCAGAAGUUGCGCGAGGCUGCUGAGGGUCUGCGUGUGGCCACCAAUGCUGCAGCACAAAACGCCAUUAAGAAGAAACUCAUAACAAGACUGGAGAAUGCUGCUAAACAGGCCGCUGCUGCUGCCACUCAAACCAUUGCGGCUUCCCAGAACGCAGCAGCUUCUAACAAAAACACAGCAGCCCACCAACAACUGGUUCAGAGCUGCAGGGCUGUAGCUGACCAUAUCCCUCAGCUAGUGCAGGGAGUGCGGGGCAGUCAGGGACAGCCGGAGGAUGGAAGUGCACAGCUCGCUCUCAUCAUUGCCAGCCAGAACUUCCUUCAGCCUGGAAGUAAGAUGGUGUCUUCAGCAAAAUCCUCUGUGCCGACGGUGACGGAUCAGGCUGCAGCCAUGCAACUGGGACAGUGUGCAAAGAAUCUGGCCACCAGUCUGGCUGAACUCCGCACUGCUGCACAGACGGCUCAUGAGGCUUGUGGCCCGAUGGAGAUAGACUCUGCCCUCAUCGCAGUGCAGACACUUAAGAAUGAACUCCAGGAUGCAAAAAUGUCUGCCUCUGAGGGACAGUUGAAACCUUUACCUGGAGAGUCUUUGGAAAAGUGCGCUCAGGAUCUGGGUGGUACAUCUAAGGCUGUUGGUUCCUCAAUGGCUCAACUGCUUACGUGUGCAGCACAGGGAAAUGAGCAUUACACUGGUGUAGCUGCUAGUGAAACAGCACAGGCUCUGAAGACAUUAGCUCAGGCCGCAAGGGGUGUUGCUGCCACCACGUCAGAUCCCGCUGGAGCCGCAGCCAUGUUAGAUUCUGCUCGUGAGGUUAUGGAAGGAUCCGCUAAACUGAUUUCUGAAGCUAAGGAGGCGCUGAUUGCUCCUGGGGAUGCAGAAAUACAACAGAGACUUGCACAGGUCGCAAAAGCUGUCUCUCACUCCCUGAAUGCCUGUGUAAAUUGUUUACCUGGACAAAAGGAUGUCGAUAUGGCUCUAAAAAGCAUCGGAGAGGCCAGCAAAAAACUGCUUGUCGAGACGCUCCCUCCAUGCAGUAAAAGCUUCCAGGAGGCUCAGAGUGACCUGAACCAGACCGCAGCCGAUCUGAACCAGUCUGCAGGAGAUGUGGUCCACGCCUCUCGAGGAACCACUACCCAACUUGCAGACGCUUCUGGAAAGUUCAGUGACGACUUUGAUGAAUUUCUGGACGCUGGUAUUGAGAUGGCUGGCCAUACUCAGGGUAAGGAUGAUCAGUUGCAGGUGAUUGGAAAUUUGAAGAACAUCUCUAUGGCCUCCAGUAAACUUCUGCUGGCAGCCAAGUCUUUAUCUGUAGACCCUGGAGCUGGAAAUGCAAAGAACCUGCUUGCCGCCGCAGCCAGAUCUGUGACUGACAGCAUCAAUCAGCUGAUUACAAUGUGUACACAGAAUGCCCCGGGACAGAGAGAAUGUGACAAUGCUUUAAGAGAGCUUGAGGCUGUUAGAGGACUGCUGGAUAACCCGAAUGAGCCGGUCAAUGAUCUCUCCUACUUUGACUGCAUUGAAAGUGUCAUGGAGAACUCUAAGGUACUUGGUGAGUCUAUGGCUGGGAUUUCUCACAACUGUAAAACAGGAGAUGUUCCAGCGUUUGGAGACUGUGUUGGUGGAGCAUCUAAAGCUCUGUGUGGACUAACUGAAGCAGCUGGACAGGCUUCUUACCUAGUAGGUGUGUCUGACCCCAGCAGCCAAGCUGGACAUCCAGGCUUAGUGGAUCCUAUCCAGUUUGCCCGUGCUAAUCAGGCAAUCCAGAUGGCUUGCCAAAAUCUUGUUGACCCAGAUAGUAGUCCAUCACAGGUGCUCUCAGCUGCCACUAUUGUUGCUAAGCACACAUCAGCACUUUGCAACGCUUGUCGACUCGCUUCCUCCAAGACUGCCAACCCUGUGGCAAAGCGACAUUUCGUGCAGUCAGCCAAAGAAGUGGCAAACAGCACUGCCAACCUGGUCAAAACAAUCAAGGCAUUGGAUGGUGAUUUUUCAGAGGAAAACCGUGAGAAAUGUCGCAUUGCAACAGCUCCGCUCAUUGAAGCUGUUGACAAUUUGACAAUAUUCGCUUCCAAUCCAGAGUUUGCUAGUGUUCCUGCGCAGAUAAGUAGAGAGGGUUCUGCUGCACAGGAACCAAUCAUCCAAUCAGCACGCUCCAUGCUUGACAGCUCCACCCACCUUUUGAAGACAGCACGGUCAUUGGUUAUGAACCCGAAAGAUCCACCCACAUGGUCAUUACUGGCAGGUCAUUCACGCACUGUGUCCGACUCUAUCAAGAGCCUCAUCACAGCUAUCAGGGAUAAAGCCCCUGGCCAGAAAGAGUGUGACUCAGCCAUUGAUAAUAUCAAUAAAUGCAUCCAAGAUAUUGAGCAGGCCUCUCUUGCAGCCGUCAGCCAGAAUCUACCUCGUAGAGAUGAAGUUUCAUCUGAGGCUUUGCAGGAGCAGUUGACAUCAUCUGUUCAGGAGGUCGGUCACCUGAUUGAGCCAAUUUCCACAGCAGCAAAAGGAGAGGCUGCACAGCUGGGACAUAAGGUCUCUCAGUUGGUCAGUUACUUCACUCCUCUGAUCUCGGCCUCUAUGGGCAUAGCCUCUAAAACUUUAGACCACCAGCAGCAGAUGAAUCUUCUGGAUCAGACCAAGACCCUCGCCGAGUCUGCUCUACAGAUGCUCUACGCUGCCAAGGAGGGUGGUGGAAACCCAAAGGCGUCCCAUACCCAUGAUGCCAUAGCAGAAGCUGCGCAGUUAAUGAGGGAGGCUGUUGAUGACCUCCUGCUGACCCUGAAUGAAGCUGCUAGUGAGGUUGGCAUGGUCAGUGGCAUGGUGGACUCCAUUGCUGAUUCCAUGGGCAAGCUGGGUGAAGGCACCCCACCAGAGCCAGAAGGUUCAUUUGUGGAGUAUCAGACUACCAUGGUGAGAUACUCCAAAGCUAUUGCUGUCAGUGCCCAAGAGAUGAUCACCAAAUCAGUCAGUUCUCCAGAGGAUCUGUGCAGUUUGGCGUCCCAGGUCACUGCAGACUACAGUCAGCUUGCCGUUCAGGGACGUCUGGCCUCUGCUACUGCUGAACCAGAGGAGAUCGGGUUCCAGAUCAAGACACGUGUUCAGGAACUGGGCCACGGCUGCAUAGUGCUCGUUCAGAAGGCUGGAGCGCUGCAGAUCAGUCCAACAGACUCAUUCACCAAAAGGGAACUCAUUGAGUGUGCACGAGCCGUCACUGAAAAGGUGUCUAUGGUGCUGUCUGCAUUGCAAGCUGGUAAUAAAGGCACUCAGGCCUGUAUCACUGCAGCCAGUGCUGUAUCCGGCAUCAUCGCUGACCUGGACACCACCAUCAUGUUUGCUUCGGCUGGCACGCUCAACUCUGAGAAUGAUUCAGACUCAUUCGCAGAUCACAGAGAAAAUAUUCUGAAGACGGCCAAAGCUCUUGUUGAGGACACAAAGAACCUUGUUUCAGGUGCUGCGUCAAGUCAAGAAAAGCUGGCUCAGGCCGCCCAGUCCUCUGCCAAGACCAUCACACAGCUUACAGAUGUGGUGAAACUGGGAGCUGCCAGCAUAGGUCCCGAUGACCCAGAAACACAGGUUGUGUUGAUCAACGCAGUGAAGGACGUUGCUAAAGCUUUAGCUGAGCUCAUUAGCGCCACCAAGUGUGCGGCAGGAAAAGCAGCUGACGACCCGUCCAUGUUCCAGCUCAAGAGUGCAGCCAAGUUGUCCCUCAGAAAUCUGGCCGCAGGGAUGGAAAUGUCUCCUAACUCAGAUAUGAUGAGUAGAAAUUUUCUGGUUAUGGUAACUAAUGUAACAUCCUUACUGAAAACGGUAAAAGCAGUGGAGGAUGAGGCUUCAAGAGGAACCAGAGCGCUGGAGGCCACUAUUGAGUGCAUCAGACAGGAGCUCACAAUGUUCCAGUCUAAAGAAACCCCAGAGAAGUCCAGCACUCCAGAAGAGUUCAUCCGCAUGACCAAGGGCAUCACCACGGCGACCGCCAAAGCUGUAGCCGCAGGAAACUCUGCCCGACAGGAGGACGUGAUCUCCACCGCUAACCUCAGCCGAAAGGUCAUAGCGGAUAUGCUGACAUCAUGCAAGCAAGCUGCAUAUAACGAGGAAGUGAGUGUGGAGGUCAGGAGCAGAGCUCUGUUAUACGGCACUGAAUGUACCAAUGGAUAUAUAGAUCUGCUAGAACACGUCCUACAGGUCUUACAAAAGCCAACAGGUGAUCAGAAACAGAAGUUGGCGAUGUUCUCUAAAAAGGUUGCAGCAGCCGUCACUGAACUGAUUCAAACAGCCGAGGCCAUGAAAGGCACUGAGUGGGUUGACCCCGAGGAUCCUACCGUCAUCGCAGAAACGGAGUUACUGGGAGCUGCGGCCUCAAUCGAAGCAGCGGCCAAAAAACUUGAGCAGCUCAAACCGAGAGCCAAACCAAAGCAAGCUGAUGAAAGUUUAGACUUUGAAGAGCAGAUUCUUGAAGCAGCCAAAUCAAUCGCUGCAGCGACCAGCGCUCUCGUCAAAUCAGCUUCAGCAGCUCAAAGAGAACUCGUAGCCCAGGGCAAGGUGGGAGCCAUUCCUGCUAAUGCUGUGGAUGAUGGUCAGUGGUCUCAAGGGCUGAUAUCUGCUGCUCGUAUGGUUGCUGCAGCCACUAGUAACCUCUGUGAGGCCGCAAAUGCAUCUGUCCAAGGCCACGCCAGUGAAGAAAAGCUAAUCUCAUCUGCAAAACAAGUGGCUGCUUCCACUGCACAGCUGCUGGUGGCGUGCAAAGUUAAAGCGGACCAGGAUUCAGAGGCUAUGAGGAGGCUACAGGCUGCAGGCAAUGCUGUGAAACGUGCUUCUGACAAUCUGGUUCGAGCUGCACAGAAAGCUGCUUUCAACAAAGCUGAUGAUGAUAAUGUGGUGGUCAAGACCAGGUUUGUUGGAGGAAUUGCUCAGAUUAUUGCUGCUCAGGAGGAGAUGUUAAGGAAAGAGAGGGAGCUAGAAGAAGCCCGUAAAAAGCUGGCGCAGAUCAGACAGCAGCAGUACAAGUUCCUGCCAAGUGAACUCCGAGAGGAUGACGACUAAUCCCAAAUGUUGGCACCCUUGUGAUAAGCCUGCCUACCAUUUGGUUAUUGCCAUCAGAACACAGAUGCAUUUCUCUUCGACCUGUAACUCAGUCCAUACAACACCUACUGAACUGAUGAAGAGUCAUUAAAACAGUAGACCGAAUUGUGAAUUUUUAAAUAUUUAAACUCUUGAAGAGCAUUAAAAACAUCGAUCAUCCGUGAAUGUUUUUCACCAAACCCUCAUGAAGAACCUCUGAAUUUCUGGCAUGAUCCUGAACUUGAAAAUGUUGUGCAUGAAGAGAACAGAGGGAUUACACUUGCAGAAACCGAGACUAAUAAAACGAACCUCUGUUUGAUAGCCGUCAAUGAAAUAAAGCAUUUUUAGGGGUUUCAAACUAGAAACCUGAUCCUAGAAAACAGCCUUUUAAACUCCAGUUGAAUGUUUAACGUGUACAUUUGUAAUGGUGAGAUGCAUUUUAUACGCUUCACUUUCCUUGCUUCAGAGUUCACAAAUGAAAUAUAUUUAUGUAGACAGCGUGCAAUGUGAAAGAAAACCACUCAGAGUUUUACGUCUGACACGGAUCCUCUCCAUCGAAAAGUUAUUUUUGAGAAUGUACCAGAUGUAGUGUUUCAUGAAGAAUCAAAAAACUCUACUAACCUUCAAAAAUACUCUGGAAGUUCCUCCAGACACUUAAAGGAAUACUUCAUCCUAAAAAUAGUUAUCUUGUUAUUUACUCAUCCUCAACGCAUUAAAGAUCUUCCUUUCAGACAUGUACAAUAGGAGUUAUGGUGAAUAAUAUCCUGGCUCUUUCAAGUUUUGUAUUAGCAGUAAAUGGUGCCCGAGCUUUAGAAGCUCCAAAAAGUGCAUCAAUCCAUCAUCAAAGUAAUCCAUACGAUUGUAAAGGGUUAGCGAAUGCCUUUGGAGUUAAUCAAUGGGUUUUGUGAGGGAAAAUAUCCAUAUUUAUAAAUAAUACAUAUAAAAUAUUAUUUAUAAACUAAGAUCACCGGCUUCCGGUUGAAAGCUUUUUAGAUUUUUUUCCUUACAAAAAUCCAUUUGUUUACUUCAGAAGACAUUCAUUAACUUACUGGAGUCAUACGGACUACUUUAUUAAUGAUAUAUGCUCUUUUUGGAGCUUCAAAAUCUCGGGCACCAUUCACUGCCAUUACAAAGUUGGAAAGAGCCAGGAUAUUAUAAACUUAAAACUCCAGUUAUAUUCUUCUGAAAGAAGGAAGGCAUGUAUAUUUUUGAUGUCUUAUUGGAGGAUGCACAAAUUCUCAAAUCCUUCAUUUUUGGAUGAACUAUACCUUUAAAUCUCAAACUGACCUGAUGCUGUAGCAAAAAUGAAUAUUUCUUACACUCAAAUACUGAAUGUAUGCAUUCAAUAAUAAUGUCUGUGGACAUGAGGAUAUGCUUUCAGAAGAACAGGGCUGUAUGAAUGUGUUGCACUUCACUUUAUGUAGAGCCGGACAUUCUGUAACAUUUAUACAAACUUUUAGGGAUAGUUUUUCCUUCUCAUUUUGAAAUAAUAGGCCAUUGCAGUAUGUUAUGGUGCUGUUUGAGUGAUUUUCUUUUUCUCAUCAUUAUAAAUUUUCUAAACAUGCUCUAUUUUUUCACAUUUAUGCUUGUAUUUUGGUCAUAUAUGCAACUCAGAUUCAGUUCUCAGUGCUUUAUUGCUCAUCUAUAAAGCCCUUGUGACUGUGGCUUUAUGUACGUUUAGUUUCAGUGCCUUAGUUUAUCACUGUCCAAUGACCGUAUCAGCUCUCUGACUGUCAGAGAUCAGAUCAGGUGUUUAUAUAUCUGGCUUGCAUUCACCAUAGCGUGUAUGUGGAAGCGGAGUUGCUGCUAAUCUGUUACUGCUCUUUCCUCUGAUGCUCCAAGCUCGAAGGAUACGAGUCUGAUUUUACUGCGAAAUGGUUUUGUCUGUCAUAAAGUGGCUUUAAGCAGUCCCCCUUUAGCUGUAGAUCUGCAUUUAAAGUGUCUGUCUUCAUCUUGCUGUAAAUCUAUAUGGCUUCUGUACGAAUAUGUAUGUUAAGACGGCACAUUUUUUUGUAAUGCAUUUCUCAUGCAUGCUUCAUGAAAUCUAAUGGCAGGGUUGGAAAAGUGAUUAAUUUGCCAUUUCAUGCAUGAAGACGACUAUUGAAGGGUCUACAAUUCUGGGAAAGACCUCAAAGUGAGUCCAUGUUUAAAAAUAUUAAAGGAAGAAAAACUGACUUGUUUGUUUUGGGGUUUGCUGGUUGUAAAAGCUUUUGCAUUAAAAGCCGAGAAUGGAAGUUAUACAUGUAAAGUGUAUGGUUAUUUGGAGAAGCAAUUUAACUUAAAAUAAAGGUUUUCAAAAUA